AUGUCCAUGUGGCGCGCGGCCGCUUCCCGCCUCCUCCUCACCCGCCGCUCGCCAUCCCCUCCGUCCGCCACCACUGCAGCUCUCCUCCUCCACGCGCGCCCGUUCUCGCCGCCGCCGUGCCCGGCGCAGGCGGAGCCGGAGCCUGAGGUCACGCCGGCCGAGGCGCGGCGCCUGGUGCGCCUCGUCGGCGUCGAGGCGCUGAAGCGGCGCCUGCGGGACGGCCGGGACGAGGUGGUCGGGUACGGCCAGCUCCUCGACGCCUGCGUCGAGGCCGGCGCCGCGCGCACGCACGCCGAGGCCGAGGCGCUCGCGCGGGCCCUGGACCACGCCGGCGUCGUCCUGCUCUUCCGUGACAAGGCCUACCUCCACCCCGAGAAGGUGGUGGACCUGGUUAGAAGGGCUGUGCCACUUGCGCUAGCACCAGAGAAUGACCCGAGCAAACAAGAGUUUGAGCAGCUCCAGGAAAAGAAGGAAGAGAUUGACAAGCUGGCGCACAAGCAAGUGAGGCGCAUCCUGUGGUCUGGCUUAGGGUUCUUCAUGUGCCAAGUCGGGCUCUUCUUCCGCCUCACAUUCUGGGAGUUCUCGUGGGACGUGAUGGAGCCGAUCGCCUUCUUCACCACCGCAUCUGGCCUGCUCGUCGGCUACGCCUAUUUCCUCAUCACCUCAAGAGAUCCGACGUAUCAGGACUUCAUGGAGAGGCUGUUCUUGUCAAGGCAGAAAAAGCUUUGUGCAGCGCAGAAAUUUGAUAUGGAGAGGUACCUGGAGUUGCAGAAGCACUGUAGGUGUCCCCUGGAAGGCCAUCGCCCUCAUGGUCCUAAGCUUCAUGACUUGUAA